AUGUACAGAGUAAAUGAAAAUGAUAGACAAAAAGCACACGAGCUUAUACAGUCACUUUAUGGAAAUAAAAAAAAGGAUGUUUCAAGUACUGGAAAAACUCGAGGCGCAAAAAGAACAGAAUAUCUGCAUAAAUCAGGAAUCACUGUAUCUUCAUGGAAAAUUAAGGAAGGGGAUUAUAAAAAAAGUCAUGUUCUUACUAUGGCCAGAGGACUAUUUACUAGAAAAGCUGAAGAUGAAAGAUAUGAAAUUGUUAUUCGUGGUUAUAAUAAAUUUUUUAACGUUGGUGAAGUGAAAACGUGGAAAGACCUAAUGUCACAUACUGAAAGUCCUUAUGAACUCACAGUUAAGGAAAAUGGGUGUGUUAUAUUCAUUGGAGGGCUUCCUGGUGGUCAUCUUAUUGUAACUAGUAAACAUUCAACAGGAGAAAGACAAGGAGUCAUUGCUCAUGCAGUCAAAGGCACAGAAUGGGUGGAAAGACAUCUUGCUAGCACAAAAAAAUCACCAAAUGAUCUUGCAAAUUUUUUGUAUAAAAAUAAAUUGACGGCAGUAGCAGAGCUUUGUGAUGAUAGUUUUGAGGAACAUGUAUUACCGUAUCCUUCCGAGAUAAGUGGUCUUUAUCUUCAUGGAAUGAAUUAUAAUGUAAUUGAUUUGAAAACAUGGCCAAGUGAAAAGGUUCAAGAAUUUGCUAGAGAAUGGGGAUUCAUACCAACACAAUAUAUUAUGAAAAAAUCAAUUGAUGAAGUUAAGGAGUUUACAGAUAAAAUUGGAAAAAAUGGGCAUUAUGAUGGAAGAGCAGUUGAAGGAUUUGUAAUUAGAACUAAAGAUAGAUCAACUG